CGAGCCGGAGAGCGGCGGCGGCGGCGGCGCGGAGGGAAGGGGCGCGCGGCAGGCCCACGGGGAGCCGUCCCGCGCGCGCGGAGCCCGCGUGCCCUCCGGGGCCGUCCCCGCCCCGGGGCCGAACCUGUGGGGGCGCCGGGAGCCCGGGCAGCAGCGCGCCGGGCCGAAGUGGCGGGUGGCCCCGGGGACCCGGGAGGCGGGGGAAGGAGCCAGAGCCGUCCGGGAUGAGGUGACGCCGCCGAGGGGCGCCACUCGCUCUGUGGGGGAAGAUGCUGGCCUACUGCGUGCAAGAUGCCACCGUGGUGGACGUGGAGAAGCGGAGGAACCCCUCUAAGCACUAUGUAUACAUCAUCAAUGUGACCUGGUCUGACUCCACGUCCCAGACCAUUUACCGGAGAUACAGCAAGUUCUUUGACCUGCAGAUGCAGCUUUUGGAUAAGUUUCCCAUUGAAGGUGGCCAGAAAGACCCCAAGCAGAGAAUCAUCCCCUUCCUCCCAGGCAAAAUCCUCUUCCGGAGAAGCCACAUCCGGGACGUGGCGGUGAGGAGGCUGAAGCCCAUCGAUGAGUACUGCCGGGCACUUGUCCGACUGCCUCCCCACAUUUCACAGUGUGAUGAAGUCUUUCAGUUCUUUGAGGCCCGACCAGAGGAUAUCAACCCCCCAAAAGAGGACUACGGCAGCUCCAAGAGGAAAUCAGUGUGGCUCUCCAGCUGGGCUGAGUCUCCCAAGAAGGACGUGACAGGUGCCGACACCAACACCGAGCCCAUGAUCCUGGAACAGUACGUGGUGGUGUCCAACUAUAAGAAGCAGGAGAACUCGGAGCUGAGCCUCCAGGCCGGAGAGGUGGUGGACGUCAUUGAGAAGAACGAGAGCGGCUGGUGGUUUGUGAGCACCUCUGAGGAGCAGGGCUGGGUCCCUGCCACCUACCUGGAGGCCCAGAAUGGUACUCGGGAUGACUCGGACAUCAACACCUCCAAGAGUGGGGAAGUGUCCAAGAGACGCAAGGCCCAUCUGCGGCGCCUGGAUCGCCGGUGGACCCUGGGCGGGGUGGUCAACAAGCAGCACAGCCGAGAGGAAAAGUACAUCACUGUGCAGCCUUACACCAGCCAGAGCAAGGAUGAGAUUGGCUUUGAGAAGGGAGUCACUGUGGAGGUGAUCCGGAAGAAUUUGGAGGGCUGGUGGUACAUCAGAUACUUGGGCAAAGAGGGCUGGGCGCCAGCAUCCUAUUUGAAGAAAGCCAAGGAUGACCUGCCAAUGCGGAAGAAGAAUCUGGCAGGCCCAGUGGAGAUCAUUGGGAACAUCAUGGAGAUCAGUAACCUGCUGAACAAGAAGGCAUCCGGAGACAAGGAGACUCCACCAGCUGAAGGCGAGGGCCCCGAGGCCCCCAUCACCAAGAAAGAGAUCAGCCUGCCCAUCCUCUGCAACGCCUCCAACGGCAAUGCCCUGGGGGUCCCCGAGAGGACCGUGUCCAAGCUGGCCCAGGGUUCUCCAGCUGUGGCCAGGAUUGCCCCUCAGAGGGCCCAGAUCAGCUCCCCAAACCUAAGGACAAGGCCUCCACCUCGCAGAGAAUCCAGUCUGGGGUUCCAGCUGCCGAAGCCGCCAGAGCCCCCUUCCGUUGAGGUGGAGUACUACACCAUUGCCGAAUUCCAGUCAUGCAUUUCUGAUGGAAUCAGCUUUCGCGGAGGACAGAAAGCAGAGGUCAUCGAUAAGAACUCUGGUGGCUGGUGGUACGUGCAGAUCGGUGAGAAGGAGGGCUGGGCCCCUGCAUCAUACAUUGAUAAGCGCAAGAAGCCUAACCUGAGCCGUCGUACAAGCACGCUGACCAGACCCAAGGUCCCCCCGCCAGCGCCCCCCAGCAAGCCCAGGGAGGCCGAGGAGGGCCCAGCCGGUGCCAGCGAGAGCCGGGACUCCCCACUGAAACUCAGGUACGAGGAGCCCGAGUACGACAUCCCUGCCUUUGGCUUUGACUCAGAGCCGGAGCCAAGUGAGGAGCCCACGGAGGAGAGCGGCGCAGGGGAUAAGCAGCCCGCGCAGCCCCACAGGCCCUCGCCUGUCUCCUCGCUGCAGCGGGCCCACUUCAGGGUUGGGGGGUCUUCGGAGGAUGUGGCUCUGGAAGAGGAAACCAUCUACGAGAACGAGGGUUUCCGGCCAUGUGCAGAGGACACUUUGUCAGCAAGAUGCUCCUCCCGGGACAGUGACUCCCCAGGGGGCUCCCCACUGUCCCUUGCCAGGAAAAACUCCCCCAAAUCAGGCUCCCCUAAAUCGUCAUCACUCCUGAAGCUCAAGGUAGAGAAGAAUGCCCAGGCAGAAUUAGGGAAGAACCACUCCUCGUCCUCCUUUUCCUCAUCCAUCACCAUCAACACCACCUGCUCCUCCUCCUCCUCCUCCUCCUCCUCCUCCUUGUCCAAGAACAGUGGCGACCUGAAGCCUCGUUCUGCCUCGGACGCAGGCAUCCGUGGCACUCCCAAGGUGGGGGCAAAGAAGGAUGCUGAGCUGAAGGCUGGCCUGACUUCCUGUGCCCGGGCCAAGCCAUCAGUCCGACCCAAGCCAUUCCUGAACCGAACAGAGUCCCAAAGUCAAGAGAAGAUGGACAUUAGCACUUUACGGCGCCAGCUGAGACCCACAGGCCAGCUCCGGGGUGGCCUCACAGGCUCAAAGAGCGAGGAUUCAGAGCUGCCCCCCAAGACAGCCUUUGAAGGUCCCAAUGAGGGGUCCAGGAGAGGCUCGGCUGACCUCAUCACCCUCCCAGCUACCACAUCCCCUUGUCCCAUCAAAAAGGGACUGGAAGGGCAGGCCACCAACUACAGGACAUGCAGUGCCUACCAGAAGGUCCAGGACUCAGAGAUCAGCUUCCCCGCAGGCGUGGAGGUACAGGUGCUAGAGAAGCUGGAAAGUGGCUGGUGGUACGUGAGGUUUGGGGAGCUAGAGGGCUGGGCCCCUUCCCACUACUUGGUGCUUGGCGAGAAUGAGCAACCUGACCCCUCUGGCCAAGAGCCAGACGCCAUAACCAGCAAGAGCAAGCAGCACGAGGGCAAGUCAGACAGCCUGGAGAAGAUCGAGAGGCGGGUCCAAGCUCUGAACACCGUCAACCAGAACAAGAGGGCCACACCCCCCAUCCCCUCCAAGCCUCCCGGGGGCUUCAGCAAGACCUCAGCUGCCGGGGCAGUGAAGAUGAGGAACGGUGUGCGGCAGGUGGCAGUGAGGCCCCAGUCAGUGUUCGCAUCCCCACCACCCAAGGACAGCAACCUGUCCUGUGCUCUGAGGAGGAAUGAGUCGCUCACGGCCACCGAUGGCCUCCGAGGUGUCCGCCGGAAUUCCUCCUUCAGCACUGCGCGCUCAGCUGCCGCCGAGCCCAAGGGCCGCCUGGCUGAAAGGGCCCCCAGCCAGGGCUCAGACACACCUCUGCUGCCCACCCAGCGCAAUGGCAUCCCCGUGUCCCCCGUGCGCCCCAAGCCCAUUGAGAAGUCCCAGUUCAUCCACAACAACCUCAAAGAUGUGUAUGUCUCAAUUGCGGACUAUGAGGGGGAUGAGGAGACAGCAGGCUUCCAGGAGGGAGUCUCCAUGGAAGUCCUGGAGAGGAACCCCAAUGGCUGGUGGUACUGCCAGAUCCUGGAUGGGGUGAAGCCCUUCAAAGGCUGGGUACCUUCUAACUACCUGGAGAAAAAGAACUAACAGGGCAGGGGUGGGCAGCCUUAGUGUGGAUGAGCUGUGAGAUGAAGACAGAAGGAAAAGGGAAAAUGGGAGGGGUGGGGGGACAACUUUAAACCCUGCAGAAUGUGUGACCUCAGAGAUGCUCCUCUCCAUGCUGGCCCUCCAAGCUGGAGGGUAGGGUCUGGUGGGGACCCACCCUGAGCAGGGAGGGGAAUGAGCAGGGGAGCCCUGGGCCUGCGACCAAAGCAAGAGAGCUGAGCCCCACAAGGGCACCUUGGUGACUUCACUGAUGGACUCCGUGCCAUUUGGGACAAGCCAUGUGGGAAGUCCCAAUUGUGCCUUGGCUGCAAAUCUGGAAAAGAUGUGGUCGUGGGGGCCUCCCAUGUCCUGCCCUUGUGUAGACCGGUUUCAGUUGCUGGCAUCUUGCCACCAAGGUAGCCUUUAUAUCACCCUAACCAGUAUUUGGGCACUGUGCUGGUUUCCCAGGGAUUGUGACUGCCCACCACAAGGGUGUGGUAGAAGACACUGCUGGCUCUGGGGCUUGGAGGCAUCUCCUGUGAGCUCAGCCUGUCCCUGGGCCAGGCCACUGUCAGUGUCAGUGAGCUGGAGAGAGAGCAGAUGCCCGGGGUCCAGGAAGGACUACCUUUCUUAGCUGUCACUGCCCCUGGCCUUGAGGAGCGAGCCUGCCCUGCCCAGGGCACCUGUGGAGACCACCAGCCCCAGGGGUUACAGCACGGGUGGGCGAGGCCCCAUUCUCCACAUUCUGCACUGGCUUUAUUUGGGAUAUUUCUCGGUGGCAGUUCUUUGCAUACUUUGGGAGAGGUUUAUUGACUUGGAUCUUCUGCGUCGGGCUUUGGGUUUUGGUCUUAUUUUAGGGGUUGUUUGGGAGCCUAAGGGCCGUCAGCCUCAUGAGGGACAGUGUGGGUGGUGGAUAAGGCUCUUCUGUCUCUGGGGAGGUUGUUGGUUUUGUUUAUGUCCAACAUGCUUCCCCUCCACAAGUCAAAGUCGUUUCAUUUGGUUUCCACUGUGUGGACAGUACCUGAGCAUGGCGCUUGCUGGAGGGAUUGGAGGCUGGAGAAGCCCCAGGUCCCAGGCAUGGCAAAGCAGAGAGACUGCUCUUCUGGUUCUUACCCUACCUCGGUGGGGCGGACCCUCCCCAGGAGGGAGGAGGGCACUGUUCAGGAAACAAGGCAGUUUGCAGGCUGCUGGGUGAGCGUCAUUCUGCAAACAUUCUCCCACUGGGCAGGACCAAAGCCUUACACGUGAACUGGGGAGAAGCAGCCAUUGCCCCCCCCAAGGGCUGAGGGGACUCCAGCUGAUCAAACACCACCGCCACCCCACCGGCCUGCAAACAAUACCACAGUUGCCCGAGAAAAUGGAGGAUCCCCAGGCCGGGAGGCGAUCUGGUUUUCCUGAGGGGCAGUGCCCCUGUGAAGAGAGAAGGGAGAGAAUAAAGUCUCUGUCAAUGUUGGGUUGUGUCCUUCGAUCGUUGAUGUUUCAAAGGGGACCCUCCAGAAGCCGAAGCAGCUUCCCCAAGGACUCACUCUUUGCUGGGAGUGGAUCUCCACACGUGCCUUUGCUUUUGGACAGAGCGGGCUUCACAGCCACCGAUUCAGCUGCCAGAAUCCUGGACUAAGGGUUAUUUUCUACGAAUGAGGAAAGGCCCCCCCCAUCCACCCCUGUUCCCCACCCAGGCAGGAUAUGCUGCCUGAUGAUCAGCACGGGACCCAGCGUCUCUAGCUGUUGAUACCCACCUGCCCCCCAGAUCCCUGGGGCCUUGCCUGGGGAUUCCCCUGAGCCCGCCUCCCCCGCCAUACACUGAUGUCUGGCAGCUAUAGCCAACUGCUCAUGUUCUUUGUUGAAGGGCCAUGGUAAGAUUUCGUUUCCUUUUUUGUGAGUUUGUUAAAACUGAAAUUAGUUAUUUUCUGCUGGACAGUAUUAAAUAGAGCAGGAUGUUGAGUUAAUCUGCUAGAUUGCAGUACUAAUGGUAGUGGUUUAGUAUCUUCAUAUUAAUAUUAUUUGGACUUAUUUGAACAAUAAUGAUAAAGAAGUGGUUCAUUAUUUUUUAAUUAAUGCACUUUAAUAAGGUGGAAUGGAAAGAAACCCAGAGAGCAAAGUGCAUUACUUAAAGAUGCAGUAUAUACUUUUCUCAUUUUUAAACAGCACAUAUUUAUUGAAAGAAAAAAAAGUAAUUUAUGAUUAUUUAAAAUAAGAUUUAAAAGUAGAGUGACUGUCGGGUUAAAGGACCUUCCACGUAGCUAUCUUCCAAGGGGGAGGGCCCUACGGCCUCACUCCUCAAACAUCUGCACUGAGCCAGUUCAAUCAAUGACCUGCCAGCCAGGCCAGGAAAGGAGUGCAGGACGCACCUGUCAAGCACAGCAUCUCAGUUGGACUGGACCACAGUGCUCCCCAGAGCCUGCCUUUCCCUGCCCUUCCUCGCUGUCUGCACUGCCUGUGGGACUCUCUGCUCACAAGGACCACAUUCUUCCAACCCCCAAGGACCCUAUCUCCUCAAUCCCCAGUGCUCUAAGAGAGAGUCAUGAGCCUGAAAGUCACUCCAUCCCAUCCCCUCCUGUUCCUGCAGCCCAAGGACAGGAAAUGACUUUCCCAAAAUCACACAGCUAGGACGGGACCGCCCCCCCUGCGGCAAUCCUUGCACUCCUUCCCGCCCCAUUAUAGUUUAUCAUGUGGUCAUCAUGUUUACACUGUGCCAUCCAGCCCUAAGGAUGGCCGGGGAGUUGCUCAGGCAUCCAAGAAAAGUGGAGAAAUGUUGCCACCUGGUGACAGCAUGUACAUUUGGGCAGGGACCAGGGAUUGCUAGGCCCCGUCUCCACCCCUCACCCCUCACCAUCACCCCCUAAUGUACAGCACAGCACAAACCCUGCAAACCCAAAGAGAAUAUUGAUACUUGAAGCAAGAAGGGUGCAUGCCAGUCCCUCUCAGACAUGGCCAGGGGAUGCCAGGCCUUGUGCCCCUGGACUCCUAGCCCUAGCCAGGGCAAGAGAGCCUUCCCUAAAGCUACUGAGCUGCUUUGCGAUGGAGGGUACUGCCUGCAGCGGGUGGAGAAGGGAGAGGCCUAUGGCUCAGACCCAUCUGGAGGAAAACCAGAUCGGACUAAAAAAGGAAAAAGAAAAAUGAAAUCUCAGCAGUGUCCAAACCUAGUUUUCCAUUAGUUGCGAUUGAAAAUGUGAAAUGACAUGUAUUGCUGUAUACUGCAACUUUAAUAUAAUGAGCCCUUCUGAGGUCAUUAUUGAGGUUUAUAUAAUGCCUGAAGAUGCAUCAUUUGGUGCUUUUUUCCUUUCAGUUUUAAGACUUUUUUCUUUUAAUUACAAGGGAAAAAAAUGUCUUCAUCUCUCCCACUGUGACAGCAGGCCUGGCUGGGCUCCCUGGCUUCACCAUGCUGUUCCCACUAAGCCAAGAGACCCUGGCGGCAGCAAGAGGGACCUGGAAGGGGCAGCCCUGAACAGCAAGUGUGCCAUCUGUGUGCCUCGCUGUGGCUGGGCCGUCUUGCCGGCCUUGUUUUCAUUUCCUCCCUCCCUGCUCUUCCGAGCCUGGCCCCAGAGGCCUCCCUUCUCCUACUCCUUAGCUCUCCAUCUUGACGAAGGCAUUAUAUAGAAUCGUUCUAAUCAGUUUCAGAUGUUAGAGCAGCAUAUUUUACUGGCAUUUAUAUCCAUCGCUUUCCUCAGCAAGGCAUGUUACUACUUUUAUCAUCUAAGGAAAAAGACAAGGGAAUUUUCGGUCAAGCAUUAUUUUCAUAUUACUAGUAUUUGCAGAGUAGGUGUAGAACUAUUUAAGUUUAGAACUCGAUUUGGUAGUUUAAGGGGGAAAAAAGAUAAAGUAACCCCUACUUUUCCUGUUUUUGUAUUUAACUAAUAUAUUAUUUCUUUAAGGUUACUCACUUCCCCUACUCCCUCCAAAUACUUUGCAUUCUCAACCGAAAAUGAAAACAAUCUGAGAGACAGGAAAAGUGCAAUAUUCAAGAGGGAUGCCAGCGCUUACUGGGACAGUGGCAGGAGAUCCAGUGGCCCAGUCUGUCGGUAGAGGGAGGCAGGCAGGAGGGGCUGCUGGGAGGAGUCCUAGCAGUGGAACAGUUGACCUCCUGGGUAUUGAUUUUUACCCCUCCUCCCCUCUCCCUCUUUCCUGGCAGAUGGCAGGGGUUCCCCACCACCAGAGGGCAGCCCCUUUUCUGUUGGGUGUCAUCCACCCAGAAAAAGGGAUUCAGGGAAGUGGCAUGGGGCUGCUGGCCUCCCAGGGCCCCAGCCCUCUGAGAGGAGCAAGGACAUCCAGGAAUCAUUCCUUGUUUUCAUGUUGUUUUCAGCCAGCUGCUCAGAAAGCCCUGUCCUAAAAGUCACCCAGCAGCCCUCUCUCACCCCAGUCUCCCGAUGUUUGGGCCAUGAUCCUUUUGAUGUAUGUUGAGUCUUUCUAAAACUACAUAACCUCAGUUCGGUUUAUGGGCAGGAACCCUAGGUAUAACCAAAUCCUUUUUGGGGAUGUGGGCGCCUUGAGCCCUACACACCCCAGUGAGACACGAGUUUCCACAAGCCUGCUCUGGGUCUCGUGCUGAGCCCGGGCCACCCAUUCAUCUCAAUGCCUUCAGCUGAGGAGUGAGCCCCGCCUCUGCUGAACAUCCCGGCAGUCCCCGGAGGGUCUCGGAGAAGCACCUGAGGCCCACUUAGGUCCCUGCUGACAGGACUUCCCACAACAGGUACCAAGCCGGCCUCCUAACUUGGUGCCGGUAGAGAAAGCAGCAGGAUGGGAAGUCUCAGGGUCCAAGCCCUUAGAGCUCUGCCCCUCAAGGCGACAGGGACGUCCUUGGUGGCUUGUCCCCUCCACCUCUAGUACUGUACACUUGCUGCUCCAACCCCUCUGUUUGAAUUUCUGUACAAAUAUGGAUCUACAAGCCCAGAGGGGGGCUGUGUCCCUGGUGGGGUGUCUCAGUAUAUACAUCUGUGUGUCCAGUCUGAGAAUCUCGAUGCAGAGCUCUCUGGAAAGAGAACCAACCACAUCACUAAAGAAUUAAGAUUCCCUCACUUUUUUGAGGGUCAUGUGUUCAGAAAGUGCUUUUCUGUGUGUGUGUGUGUGUGUGUGUGUGUGUGUGUGUGUGUGUGCGCGUGCGCGCGCACGCGUGCGCGAGUGUUGGUAAUUUCCCACUUGAACUAAAUAACACGGGGUUAGAGAAAAAAAAUACUGGGCAAGCUGUCUCCACGAACAAGUUCUUGGCAUUGGGCAGGCCCCAUGGGACUCACAGCUUCUGGCAGCAAGUGUGUGUGCUGUUCACACACAUAGUUCUGGCUGGAGAGUGCAAUGUGUUUUGUUCUUUUUUCUUUUUUCUUGUAAUUAUUAAGUAUUUAGUUGGAAAUUUCACACUGGCAUUAACAGAUCUAGCAGAAGCAGCCUAGGCCAUCGUCCCGGGGUCCAUACUGAAGAUGUGGAAAAGUGAGGCCACUGGAUGUGGAAGUGCUGAGGUUGCAGCAGCAGGUCACCGCCAGGCUGUGUUGUCUCCAGGCUGCCUCCCCCACUGUCCUGCAUGCCAUCACUGUGGAGGUCCCCAUGUAAUACACCACUGCUGCCCUCAGUCCUUGUGUUUUGAGUGUGGUUCAGGCUGCUCAGGGUGAGAACUUGCUCCUGGUGAGCUCAGCAGACCUGACUGUGGAAAGAUGAAUGUGCAUCAUGGGAAAUGUUCUAACCUUCCUGACCUUUUUGCCAAAAUCAUGAUCUCUGGGGCAGCUUCUGUGGUUAAGCUCUGAUGGGGUCAAUGACCUAUAACCUCGUUUCAGGAAAACAGCCCCACUGAUUUAGCUUCCCUCUUGUUUUGUCCUGUGCACCUGGGUCCCCAGGCCAGAAGUUGAGCAUGUUGGUGCAUACAGACUGGGUAAAGGGAUCUCCCUUCCAAGGCCUGAUCCCAGCCUGCCUAUGAGGUUGGGAUUACCAUGUGAUCCCCCUUCCCCAAUCCUGUAUUUUAAAUCUUGAGUUCGCACUUGACCUUGACAAUCAGCGCGCUCUCCCAUCCCAGUCCUAGAACUCAGUGGCCUUAGAGAAUGGGUCCCUGUGCUGAAGUCCAUUGUUUGCUUCCAGUUCAUCCUAGCUGAUGGGCUGGAGAUGAGAGGGAGGAACAAUUGUUUUAAAGCAAAAGAAUGGGUUGAGCACGUUGGAAGUGAGUGAGAGGCAUGUCAGCAAGCUAGUGUGUGCAUGUUGCGGUGGCUGGGGCUUAUAGCCCCUAGUCUGGGAUGGUGGCUUCCAGGAGAUGAUGUCUUCUAGGCAGAAAGGGAAAAGUGUGAGGAGUCUGAGAAAGGGUUUGGAGUCAGGUGGCUUGUCUUUAUUAGAAAGAAAGAAGUCAAUUCUGAGUGUUUUAGGAAGAAGAGAGCAGGUAGGGAGGGAAUUUAGUGAUUCAGUACCCAAGGGACCAGCCAGAGCAGGUUGGGAAAGCCCCAAGAUUUGGGCUGAUAGAAGUAGCUAGCCUGCAGAAACAGCUACUUGCUGAGCCACAAACUGGGUCCCUAGCAAGUUCUUAAUGGUCAUUGAUGCACUUAGUGGAAAGGAGAGGUCACCAACAACAGACCGAUCCUUGAGGUGGGAGGCUCUAGCGUCAGAACACUUACCCAUCUCCCAGGUUCCCAGCUGGUUUUGACCACCCCACCUUGUCCAAUCCAGAGCCAGCUUCUCAAAUUGCUUGAAUCAGAGACCAGUGACCAUUGAACGUCUGUACAAAUAUGGAUCUACAAGCCCAGAAUGGGACUAUGUCCUUGUGUGGGGGUAUCUCAGAGUUUAUAUAUCUAUGUGUCCAGUCUUGGAGAAUCUCGAUGUAGAGCUCUGUGGAAAGAGAACCAUCCACAUUACUAAAGAAUUAAGGACCCACCCACCCCAAAACUGGCACCUUGGGGUCCAGACAGCAUCAAGUAUAUAUGGGAGGAAGGCAAGCUCAUUUGUUCUGUUGUCACUAGUUGUUGCUGAGUAUCUUUGAUGAUACCUGUGGUUAUUCAUUUGCUGAGCUGCCUCGCUGGGCUGCCUUACAUGGGGCACAGUGCACACUCCCCUGUGGAUGUGCCCUUUCAUUCUUAAUGGCCUAUGACCAAGGCACACUGCUCUUAAGUUUAUUUCAAAGAAAGAAGGGUAAACAGAGCCACCGUUCUUGAAUCUGCAACUUGUUUUCUACAACAGGUUUUCUUUAAAUCCAGGACACAAGAUAGGAAAAGGGUUUUACUGCCAGUUACUGAGAGGUCUGCAGGAAGGUAACUUCUGCAUGAAGGAGAUGCGGCAAGUCCCCGAAGUUUGAGUUUGUAGACUGUGUGGUUGUGUGUCAACUGCCGGGUCUCUCUAGGGCUCCAGGACUUUGGGGGACUUCCUCUUGGUGUCUAACGCCUCCCAGCUCCUCAAGGGCUCAGGAGAAAGUAGUUCCCUCUUCUCCCGUCAGAAGAGAAAGGACAUUGAAUUCAGUGCAAUCAGUUUGAGUGCUAAAAAAUUUCCCAGAUCAAUGGUGGUGCUAAACUAUCCCCAUGUUUCUAAUAUUCUUAAUAGUGGCUUUUUUUUUUAAUUGUUCUCCUCACAAAAUGCAGUUUCCUUGGGAGAAGGGACCCAGCCCUUUGGCCUGCCACUUUCCAGGUGUCCUUUAUCAUUUUGACGGGACUCUUUGGUCUGCAGAAAAUACUCUGUCUUGGCAUGCUUCUAGACCAUAAGAUUUGAGUUGUUUUGUUUUGUAUUUUGGUUAUGUUUACAUGCAUCUUGUAUUUCCCUGAAAACUAAAUAAAGUUUUUGGCCUUUUUAA